AUGAUGAACAUACUGGCUCUCAGCCUCAUCAUCGCCACCCUCGUCGGCGCCGGCGUAUGGUCUCCGCCGCCGUCCGAGCCACACCACCUUGUCCGGGAAGGCAGCCGCGUCAUCGUCGUCGAGUAUGAACGUCAGGUAGACGACGAUCACUCCUCUUCUUCUUCUCCUCACAAACUCAUCCAAGAAGCAAAAGAUAAGUUCAAAGAAGCAUCUUCUCUCCUCCCAAACCUUGGCCAAGGCCUCUCCACUCCUUCAGAAAUCCAAAGUUCUUCAACAGAUCUUGAUACCAAUGCUCUCAGUGCUGCUACCAAAAGUGCAAUGGAUGACACUAAAGAAGCUGUUGAAAGUCUUGUGCACAAAGGUAAAGAGAAGGUGGAGCAAACCAAGAACACUCUGAAAAAUACAGCAGAAAAAGUGAAGGAAAAAGCAGAGAAUGUCAUGCAUGAAGGAAAGAACAGAAUGGAGGAUAAAGCUGGAAACUUUAUACAUAAAGCGGAGAAGAAGAAGAUUGAAGAAACAAAGAAUGUGGGAGAGGAGAUGAAGAAAGAUGCAUUAGAGAUUGUGAGGAGGAGUAAGAGAUUGGUUUGUAAUGCUUGUUCUUAUGUGGUGACGCCGGAGACGGUGAAGAAGGUGGCAAAGGUGGUGCAUUUGUUCGGGUUUUCGAUGGCGUAUGGGACUAGUGUGUGGGUGACGUUUGUUUCGAGCUAUUUGUUAAGUAGAGCUUUGCCGAGGCAGCAGUUUGCGGUGGUGCAGAGUAGGAUUUAUCCGGUGUAUUUCCGGGUGGUGGCCGGUGAUGUUGUGGUGGUGUUGAUUGCUCAUUUGGUUGAGAAUGGUUGGAAAAACAGGGUGGAGAUGUUGCAGGGGUGUUGCUUGUUGGUUGUGCUUGUUCUUGUUCUUGUUAACAUGCUCUUUUUUGAGCCCAAGGCCACAAAGUUAAUGUUUGAGAGAAUGAAGAUGGAAAGAGAAGAAGGGCGGGGAAGGGACAUUGAUGAUACCGUGUCGGAGCCUAUACUUACAUCCUCACCGGCCACCGCCACCGCCGCUACAACCAGAGUAUCCCCAGGUGCUGUUAGGAUGGAGGAGGCGAUGAAAAGCAGAAUGGCAUAUCUAACCAAGAAAUUAAAGAAGCUCAACACCUACUCAUCUUUGCUUAAUGUGAUUGGUCUCAUGGCACUCACUUCUCACCUGGUCCAUUUGGCAAGCUAUGCGCAUCUAACUUGUUGA